AUGCGGUAUGGGGCCGACAAGCUGAGCUACAAGCCGGGGCGAUUCAGUUCGACGAAAGGUGGUAUUUCCGCCAAUUCCUCGCACGAGGACCACACCAACGAGGCCCAGGCUGCAACGCGUGCUCUCGUCAAUGAGUUUGCGGCUUAUGUCCGUUUGCCCAAGGCCAAGGAGAAGUCCUCCUGUGGACUUGUCUGGCGUGCGGCCGAAGCCGUGUCGACUUGA